GAUGUCCAUGAGGAGCCCUGGCUCUGCCCAGCUGGCCCCGGAUGGCGUUGGCACCAUGGUGAACUGCACCGUCAAGUCGGAAGGGAAGAAGGAGCCCUGCCAUGAGGCCCUCCAGGGCUCGGCCACCGCAGCUGAGCCCCAGCCUGGAGACCCAGCCCGGGCUCCCCAGGAUGGUGCUGACUCCCAAGCUCCAGCCCAGGACUGCAGCUCCCCCAAGAGCAAUGGGUCCCCAGAACCCAGGAGACCAGGAGCUUCUGAGGCCGCCUCUGGAAGCCAGGAGAAGCUAGACUUCAGCCAACAUUUAAAAGAAGUUGUGCCCGCCAUCGAGAAGCUGUUGUCCAGUGACUGGAAGGAGAGGUUUCUGGGAAGGAGCUCUGUGGAAACCAAAGAUGUCAAAGGGACCCAGGAGAGCCUGGCGGAGAAGGAGCUCCAGCUCCUGGUCAUGAUUCACCAACUGUCCACGCUGCGGGACCAGCUCCUGACGGCGCACUCAGAGCAGAAGAACAUGGCUGCCAUGCUGUUCGAGAAGCAGCAGCAGCAGAUGGAGCUGGCCCGGCAGCAGCAGGAGCAGAUCGCCAAGCAGCAACAGCAGCUCAUUCAGCAGCAACAUAAGAUCAACCUCCUUCAGCAGCAGAUCCAGCAGGUCAACAUGCCUUAUGUCAUGAUCCCGGCCUUCCCCCCAAGCCACCAGCCUCUGCCUGUCACUCCCGAUUCCCAGCUGGCCUUGCCCAUUCAGCCCAUCCCCUGCAAACCAGUGGAGUACCCCCUGCCGCUGCUGCACAGCCCACCUGCCCCCGCGGUGAAGAGGCCCGGGGCCAUGGCUGCCCACCACCCCCUGCAGGAGCCCUCCCAGCCCCUGAACCUCACGGCCAAGCCCAAGGCCCCCGAGCUGCCCAAUGCCUCCAGCUCCCCCAGCCUGAAGAUGAACAACUGUGGACCCCGCCCCCCCAGCCACGGGGCCCCCACGCGGGACCUGCAGGCCAGCCCACCCAGCCUGCCACUGGGCUUCCUUGGUGAAGGGGACGCUGUCACCAAAGCCAUUCAGGAUGCUCGACAGCUGCUGCAUGGCCACAGUGGGGCCUUAGAGAGCUCCCCCAAUGCUCCCUUCCGCAAGGACCUCAUCAGCUUGGACACGUCCCCGGCCAAGGAGCGGCUGGAGGACAGUUGUGUGCACCCCCUCGAAGAAGCCAUGUUGGGCUGCGACAUGGAUGGCUCCCGCCACUUUCCUGAGUCCCGCAACAGCAGCCACAUCAAGAGGCCCAUGAAUGCCUUCAUGGUGUGGGCCAAGGACGAGCGAAGGAAGAUCCUCCAAGCCUUCCCAGACAUGCACAACUCUAGCAUCAGCAAGAUCCUUGGCUCCCGCUGGAAGUCCAUGACGAACCAGGAGAAGCAGCCGUACUAUGAGGAGCAGGCGAGGCUGAGCCGGCAGCACCUGGAAAAGUACCCCGACUACAAGUACAAGCCCCGGCCCAAGCGCACCUGCAUCGUGGAGGGCAAGCGUCUCCGGGUGGGCGAGUACAAAGCCCUGAUGAGGACCCGGCGCCAGGACGCCCGCCAGAGCUACGUGACCCCCCCCCAGGCCGGCCAGCUACAGAUGAGCUCCGACAUCCUGUACCCUCGGGUGGCAGGCAUGCCCCUGGCUCAGCCCCUUGUGGAGCACUACGUGCCCCGGAGCCUGGACCCCAACAUGCCUGUCAUCGUCAACACCUGCAGCCUCAGGGAGGAGGGGGAGGCCACGGAAGACCGGCACUCGGCGGCGGAGGGCGAGCUGUACCGGUACAGCGAGGACUCGGACUCGGACGGCGAGGAGAAGAGCGACGGCGAGCUGGUGGUGCUCACGGACUGAUACUCGCGGGGUGGGCCUGGCCCUUCACCCACGGGCGCAGCCGGCCGGCCUGGACUGUGUUGGUACUUGGACUUGGGCCUGCCCGGGAGAGGGGCGCAGCCGUGCACUUGUAGAUAGCCUCCUGAGGGGAGAUGCCCCCCCGACUC